GGAAGUGUUGGGUGCUGAGUCGAUGCCGGAAGAUGAGCACUUGGUUUGUGGCAUUUGCAUUGGAUGGCCCACCGAUGGCCGCGACCCUCGGGAGACACCAGACUGGUUCCCGAGCCGUUUGCCCUCGGAUGAGACCACUUGCUGGGCUGCAAAUGAUGACUG